GGGCAGGGUUAUUGAAAAAAGUGAAGGAACUAUCCAUAUUGUGUGAUGUAAAUGCUUGUAUGAUCAUUUUUAGUCCUAAUUAAGCUGAGCCAGUGGUUUGGCCAUCAGUUGAGACGGCUCGUGACCUCCUAGACGAUUUCUUUGCUUUACCGAGGUACGAGCAUAUUAAGAAAGAGAUGGAUGUCGAAUUAUAUCUAAAUGAGAAGACAAAUAAGGUUAAUGAAAAAAUGAUAAAGAGUUGUCAAAAGAGUAAAGAGUAUGUCACUAAUGAGUUGAUGAUGCAAUGCGGUCGUACAAUCAAUGCUCUUAACUUAAGUGAGAUCUAUACAUUACUAUCUUUCUCAAGGGAUACUAUCAUAUCUCUUAGGAAGAAGCUAGAUUUCAUGCAGUUUUCUCCUCUUCGUGAUCUACCUGUGCUUCCAUUUGAAACGCAAGUCGAACAGUUUAAGAUCACCACAAAUGAUGCUUUCUUAGGAGGUGAUCAAGAUGAUGAGAGAGCUGGGAACACGAAUGAAGCAACAAAAAUGAAUAACAUUGAUAGUUUAAGGAAGAAUAAAAGUUAUUACUUAAUUGAACAAUGGUUUCCAACAUCCAAACCGCCUAAACCUGUAAUAUACCAGCAAAUUGGGUAUGAAAAUCCAAACCGUAGAGGCUACUAUCCAUACCAUAAAAGCAGUAGCAAUGGGAACCCUAAUUUGGAGACGAUGUCAGUUUGCCCCCAAGUGAUGACUUUCAAGGAUUUCGUUGGAUCUGCCUCUCAACCAUUACAACAUCAGAACAUGAAAAAUAAUCCAAUUGUGGGUAUGAAUCAACCUAGAAAAUACCCUUUUGAUUUCAUGAGCCAUGAGCUGGAAAUACAAAGGGAAAGAGGUAACAUUAAUAACUCACAAUUUUGCAGGACCAACAACACUACAACGACAAACGUUGGUCUCCCCCAAGAGGCACAUCCUAAUGAAAUUACCGCUGGAGAAAGUUGUACUGAUGCAACGACAUUUAAUAUCAAUGGGAACCCUAAUUUGGAGAUGAUGUCAGAAAAAUAA